UUGAAGUACGGAAACACGAAAUUCCAAAUCCAGCAACAAUUGGAUUUAAAUAUAUUUAAGAGAAAGUCUGGAUUUUUGUUACCGCUACUUCAAUCAUGCCUGUUGUUUUCUUGCGCUGACUCUGCGCGUUCGCGUUCACAGACCUACUCAGAUAUGCAAGAAUUAUCAAAUAUGUUUAUAUAAUUGCGUCACAUUUAAACUGUAAACUACAGUUUCCAUUGUUUGUUUAUCUAAAGUUGCAAUCUUGAUGCUCGGGAACGAUGUUUGUGGGAAGAAGUGUGCAUCUUUGUUGGGCUGCUGCGGUUUUCUGUUACUGGUUUUCGAGUUUGGCGGAGUCGCAGCGGGUGCCGCAGGAUGAAGUCGAUGUGUUCAAAGAGAUAGCCAACGAGUUGGGCGCAGUACAUUGGACAUUCAAUGCAGAUUUAUGUGAAAUGGAGAUGGGUGGGAUCUCACAAACUCCUCCACCGAACUCUGAUGGUUAUGUUGAAUGCAAUUGCAAUUUUAACAACAACACCGUCUGCCAUGUUACGACACUUGUGAUCAAGAGUUACAAUCUUCCUGGAGUUCUUCCAUUGUCAAUUGUAAAGCUUCAGCACCUCCAGCAUGUUGAUUUUGCCUACAAUCUCCUAACUGGUACAAUUCCAGAAGAGUGGGCUUCAAUGCAACUUAUUUUUAUCUCUGUUCUUGUAAAUCGUUUAUCUGGACAAAUACCAAAGUAUCUGGCAAACUUUACUAGCCUUACAUACCUGAACCUCGAGGCAAACCAAUUUUCGGGGGCUAUUCCUCCUGACAUUGGAAGGAUGAUAAAUUUAACGACUCUGAUCUUGUCCUCCAACCCACUUACUGGGGAGCUGCCGAAUUCACUUGCAAAUUUAACAAACUUAAAAGAUUUUAGGAUAAAUGACAACAACCUAAGUGGACCCAUACCGGAUAUUAUUACAAACUGGAAGCAACUUACAAAUUUAGAAAUGUUUGCUAGCGGACUGGAGGGGCCCAUUCCCUCGAACAUAUCUCUUCUUGAUAUGUUACAAACUCUGAGAAUUAGCGACCUAACAGGGCCGUCCCAGGGAUUUCCGUUGCUGAGGAGCACUACAGGCCUAACAUCGUUGAUAUUGAGAAACUGCAAAAUUACUGGGGAAAUUCCUGCAUAUAUAUGGAAGCUUAGACUUCUGGUGAUGUUGGACGUCAGUUUCAAUAUGUUAGAGGGUGCGAUUCCAGGUCACAUAGCUAGAAAUCUGAAAACAGUGUUCGUGACCCAAAACAAGCUGAGUGGAAAGAUACCCGACACACUCUUGAAGGAUGGAGGCAAUAUUGAUCUUUCCUACAACAAUUUCACUUUGCAAGGCCCAGAGGAACCUGCUUGUCGACUAGACAUGAAUCGAAAAGUAAACUUGUUCAAAGGCUCGUCUGCACCGGAUACAUUAAAACGAACUCUUCCGUGCACUGAAGAUGUAGUCUGCCCCAGGUAUAAAUGUUCGUUACAAGUUAAUUGUGGCGGGAAUGACUUGCGCAUCAAAGAAAUCGACAGAAAAGUUAUAUAUGAAGGAGAUGGUGGAGUUGAUUCCGAAAGUUAUUUAAGCACCAACAACUGGGGCUUUGUUAGCACCGGUGACUUCUUAGACGAACCUGAUUACCAAAAAUCACGUGCAGUCAAAAUUCCCACGCCAAAUCUCUCUGAUUUGUACAGUAGUGCCCGCCUUAGCCCUCUUUCACUUACGUAUUUCCAUUAUUGUUUGGAGAAUGGGGUAUAUAAUGUAAGCCUGCACUUUGCUGAGAUAAUUUUCACAAAUGACAACACCUCAUAUUACAGUCUCGGAAAGCGGAUGUUUGAUAUAUACAUUCAGGAGAAAUUAGUGCAUGAAAACUUCGACAUUGAAGAUGAGGCUCGUGCAGCUCAAAAGCCUGUGGUAAGAUACUUCAAUGGCAGCGUGACUGAUAAUACAUUGGAGAUCCGGUUUUACUGGGCUGGUAAAGGGACUACGCGGAUUCCCAACAGAGGGGAUUACGGUUCUCUUAUAUCAGCCAUCUCAGUCGAUCCAACUUUUAAAGUGUGUUCAAGUGGAACCAAGAAGCAUGUGACUGCGUAUAUAAUAGCUGCAGUUUUGACAGUGUUUGUUAUUCUCUCGAUAUUGGGAAUCCUUUGGUGGAAAGGUUACUUGACAGGCCGAAAACACGGUAGAAAUGAUCUUGAAGGCCUAGAUUUGCAAACAGUCGUUUUGACCCUCAAACAGAUUCGAGCAGCUACUAACAAUUUUGACGCUGCAAAUAAAAUUGGAGAAGGUGGUUUUGGUUCAGUAUUCAAGGGUCAACUGCCUGAUGGUACUGUCAUUGCUGUGAAGCAACUCUCUUCUAGAUCAAGACAAGGAAAUCGUGAAUUUUUGAAUGAGAUUGGCAUGAUUUCGUGUUUACAGCACCCGAAUCUUGUGAAGCUCUACGGAUGCUGUAUUGAAGGCGAUCAGUUGCUGGUGGUAUACGAGUACAUGGAAAACAAUAGCCUUGCACAUGUCUUGUUCGAAUCAAAUGGAAGAAGCCAAAUGAUGCUGAACUGGCCAACAAGGUUCCAGAUCUGUAUCGGAAUCGCAAGAGGGUUAGCUUUUCUCCACAACGAGUCUAGGCUGAAAAUUGUCCAUCGAGACAUCAAAGCCACAAACGUGCUGCUGGAUAGUGAUCUAAAUGCUAAAAUAUCCGAUUUUGGAUUGGCCCGGCUUAAUGAAGACGAGAAGACGCACAUUAGCACAAAAGUUGCUGGAACAAUAGGAUACAUGGCGCCUGAAUACGCGUUGUGGGGUUAUCUGACUGAUAAAGCAGAUGUCUACAGCUUCGGUGUCGUGCUUCUGGAAAUAGUCAGCGGAAAAAGCAACAACAACUACAUGCCUAGUCACAAUUUCGUCUGCCUUCUUGAUUGGGCGAGCCACUUGAACGAGAGCAAGCACAUCGAUGAACUCAUUGAUCCGAGGUUGGAUGGUGGUGCACACAGAGAGGAGAUAGAGAGGGUGGUGAAGAUAGCUCUGCAGUGCACGAAUGCAACUCCAUCGGUGAGGCCGACCAUGUCGGAGGUCGUUCAGAUGCUCGAGGGUAAAAUGGACAUCCCCGUUACAUUGCCCGAGGGGAGCGCCUACACCAACGACGUGAGGUUCAAAGCCAUGAAAGACUUCCACCAGGAGAGGCAGAGCUUGAGCACCGCCACGUGGGGGGAGUCGCAGAUUUCAACGACGAUACGAACUGGUGCAGGUUACUCUUCAUCCACCUCUGGUUUUAAUGAGAUCAGUGAGGGUAGUAUACCUUAUUGAUGAUGAUGAUUGGCAACACAUAAUUUGUGAUUAAUUAGUUUUUUGCUUUUUUGGCGGGAGAGGUUAUUUGUUAAUACUGUUUGUACAAAUUCUUGCUUGACAGUCGCUUCAGUUUUGUUGAAUUUGAGGUGGUUAUGUUGUAUUGCAUUGACAUAAUAAUUAUUCAAAAUUUAAUUAUA